AUGAAGGGCCUCUGCGUCUCAUCCCAACACAUCUCGUCGUGGAUCACAUCAUACAUUCGGGAGUCUUAUGGCCUGCUCAUGGAGAAAGGAGAAGGAGAAAAUCCAACAGCCGUCACAGAAUUCAUCCUCCUAAGGUUUGGGGAUCUCCCUGAACUGCCGACCCUUCUCUUCCUGGUCUUCCUAGUGAUCUACAUUGUGACCGUGGCUGCCAGUCUCCUCAUUAUUGCUCUAGUUGUGAUUGAUCAACACCUUCACACUCCCAUGUACUUCUUCCUGGGGAACUUGUCCUUUUUGGAGACCUGCUACACCUCCACCAUCCUGCCUAGGAUGCUGGCCAGUCUCCUGACUGGGGACAGAAUCAUUUCUGUGGGGGGCUGCAUGACACAGUUUUUUUUCUUUUGUUUUCUAGCAACUACAGAGUGUUAUCUCCUGGCAGCAAUGUCUUAUGAUUGGUAUUUAGCCAUAUGCAAACCAUUGCACCAUGGAACCCAUAUGAACAGCAGGCUGUGCCUCCAACUAGCAGCGGGGUAUUGGAUAAGUGGAUUUCUACCUUGUACAAUAAUGAUGUAUUUUAUGUCACAAUUAAUUUUCUGUGGCCCCAAUGAAAUGGACCACUUUUUUUGUGAUUUCACUCCAAUGCUAAAGCUCUCCUGCAGUGACACCAGCCUCAUCACAUUGAAGUGGGACCUUCGUGACCUACGGAACUGGCAUCCCAUCUUGCUCCUCAGCAUGGACUACAACGUCGUAGCAAAGGCCAUCUCACUCUGGCUGGGGUCCGUGCUGGCAGACGUGGUCCAUCCCGACCAGAUCUACACUGUCCUGGGCCGGACCAUCAUCGAUAACCUGUACUUGGUCUGGGACCUCUUGGAGCUGGGGCGCCCGGAACAAGUGCGUUUUUAUCAGCAGGCAUCAGCCUUCCUUGGCACUCUGGAUCCUCACGAGUGUCUGGUCCUGGGUGGGGACUUCAACACUACUCUUGAGGACCGGGACAACUCAGAAGUUGAGCAGGAUUGA